AAGAUUCCGACAGAAAAGAAGAUUGAAAUGGGUUACUCCGCUGAGGACCUGUUUGUCAGUUGUUUCUUUGAUGGUGCAUCAUGUGAUGCAAGGGACUUCACUCUGUUUACUCACCCUCUCUACGGCAAUUGCUACACCUUUAAUGAUGCAUCAAGAGAGAAGCUGUUUGAAUCUUCCAUGGGUGGAGCAGAAGCUGGGCUGAAGCUUGUUAUUUACAUUGAUGAAGAAGAAUAUAACCCCUUCCUAGUGACAGCAGCUGGUGCCAAAAUAUUAGUCCAUGACCAAAAUGAUUAUCCAUUUAUUGAAGAGUCAGGGACUGAACUUGAAACAGCUACUGAGACAUCUAUAGGCAUGCAACUGACAGAGUCAUCAAAGCUAAGUAGCCCCUACAGUGAGUGUACUAUUGAUGGAAGUGAUGUCUCUGUCCCAAAUCUCUACAACAAGACGUACACUUAUCAGAUCUGCCUAUAUUCCUGCUUCCAGCUCGAA